UGAGGAGUUUGAGCUGGAGCCUAUGGAGCUGCCUCCAUUCGAGAUCAUUAUAGGAGACAGAAUGAACCCGAACUUCUUUAAGUUCCAAUUUAAAAAUGUGGAAUAUUCCUCCGGACGCAACAAGACCUUCCUGUGCUACCAGGUAGACAUUCAAGGAGGCGCUGCAGAGACAGAAGGCCUUCGCGGUUACCUAGAAGAUGAGCAUUUGGGUUCACAUGCUGAAGAGGCCUUCUUUCAACAGGUGCUGGCCUAUUAUGACAAGUCACUCCACUACACAGUGACCUGGUACAUGUCCUCGAGCCCAUGCGCAGCCUGCGCUGCUAAGCUCGUAGAGAUCUUGCGAGCACGCAAGACAAUGCGCCUUAAUAUCCACUGCUCCCGUCUCUUCCAGUGGGAGGAAGCAGAGAUACAGGCCGGACUUCAGGCGCUAGUUAGGGCGGGGUGUAAAAUACACAUGAUGAGGCCUGUGGAUUUUGCAUAUGUUUGGUCUACGUUCGUUGAGAACGAGGAAGAUAACUUUACACCCUGGGAGGACUGUCAAGAUAACUAUGAUUAUUAUGAUGAGAGGUUGUGUGAUAUUUUAAAGUAGGGUAAGGAGCCGCAGCUGGCCUCUGAUUAAGACUGUUAAAAACAGCCUGGGCACCGCCUUUAAGCAAAUUUAGUACUUGAAAGCUAAUUAUUACAAUGUCCCUGUAAUUACAACAGCAUUGUUUUCUCUGUCAACA